AUGAUGUUGGAGCUAACGUUUUAUUGUAAUGCAUUUUUAGAUUUACUGCUAGAGCGGCUUAAGUCCGAACUGGAGGAGCUGCGCGGUCCGAUGCCUACAGACGAAAUCGUGACUGAAACCAGAGGGAACGUGAAUAUUUGGAUUCCGAGCGCGUUUCUGACAGGGAGCGGUUCCAACGCCCACCACGUGUACCAGAUUUUCCUGCGGGCGGGGAACGACGAGUGGAAUAUAUACAGAAGAUAUGCUCAAUUCUAUGCCUUGCAUUCUGAUUUAAAAAAACUUGAUCCUACAGUUACCACUUUCGACUUUCCGCCGAAGAAGAGUAUAGGGAAGAAGGAUUCGGCGCUGGUUGAAGAUAGAAGGAAGCGAUUGCAGAUUUAUUUGAGAAGGGUUUUGGCUCACUGGCCCGAGUUGGCGCAUUGCAAUAGUAGAUUUUUGUUAGAACAGCAUCUGGCAUUCUUCAAGGACCAGAAGGAUGUCGAUCCGAAGAAUAAAAGUAUAUUUUCUCCGAGGAGGAAUAGAACUAGCAACGAUAACCAUUACGCAGGGCUUUAAAUAGUUUCAUUUAGUUAAUUAUUAUUUUGAUGAAAUGAUUCGAAUCAUUUUAAUAGUUGCGUAUUUAUUUAAUCACUUAGACUUAGUGAGAUAUGUUGAUAUUUUGCGUUGUACUCGUCUUUUUUGAAAGUUUAUUCAAGGAUGAUGUUGGAGCUAACGUUUUAUUGUAAUGCGUAAGUACAAAGUUUGUAUUUGAGAUGUUUUAUAUUUUCCAAGUGAUGAAAUUAAUAAAAUUCAUUAUAGAAAGA